AGAGGGCGCUUUUAAAUUUAAUGUCAUUCAUCUGUCAUUGUCAACUUCUUAUCAACUACUUUAUUCAGCCUUCAAGUUUCAACUUUUCAAGUGUAUUGAAGAAAAUUCUUUCGGACCCUGAAAGAGUUUCUAACAAAAGAAAAAUGGCCAACUUCCUGCUUCGCCGAGCAAUUUUAGAUGCUGUCAGAGUUCCAGCAGGAACUCGAUCUGUUAGUGAACUUGCCAAGAUUGGUAACCGAGAAUGGGUGGGUUAUGGUUUCAAUGGCCAACCCAACUAUGUUGAUAGGCCUGACUACCCCCUACCAGCUAUCAGGUUCCAAGCGGAUAACCCUGACAUUCAAGCUCUCCGUCAAAAAGAGAAGGGUGAUUGGCGCAAGCUUACUUUGGAGGAGAAAAAGGCUUUGUACAGAGCCUCUUUCUGCCAGACCUUUGCUGAGUUCCAAGCUCCAACAGGGGAGUGGAAGGCAAUCCUUGGUUGGGCCCUUGUGGUCGCAUCACUCUCCCUCUGGAUGUACAUGGGAGCUAAGCUGUUUGUGUACAGUCCGCUGCCCGAGUCGUUCAGUGAGGAAUCCCAGAAGGCUCAACUGAAGCGUAUGUUGGACAUGAAGGUGAACCCCAUCGAUGGUCUCUCGUCCAAGUGGGACUAUGAGAACAACCGCUGGAAGUAGACUUGCUCUGUUGGUUCUAUUGGUGCUCCACGUGGCGUGUAGAAUAGACAUUAUAUAAAUUAUGUUAUGUUAAGUAUUAAUGAAAAUAAAAUCGUAAUUCCAAUACAA